CGUAAAAGUUAAGGCGGUCCUACCGGCCUACGCACGCACACACCAGUUCGGAGACGUAGCCCAGAAGCCAAGCAGGCUGCGCCGUUAUAAAGAAACGUGAAGAUGGCCCACUCCACCUCUUCUCAAGUCUUAUCAAUAUUAUUGUUUGCCUUCGGCGUCACAGUGGUCUUCUCUCAGUACGAAAAGUACAGUUUCAGGAGUUUCCCCAGACAUGAACUCAUGCCUCUGGAUUCUGCGUAUAAGUACGCGUUGGACCAAUACACAGGGGAGAAGUGGAAGGACAGCGUAGACUACCUGGAGGUGUCUCUCCGCCUGUACCGACUGCUGCGGGACAGCGAGGCCUUCUGCAACCUCAACUGCAGCUCGCUGCGGCUCGACAACGAGGAAAAGUUCGCCGAGUUCCCGGAGCUGCGGGUCUUCGGCAACGUGAUGAAGCGGGCGCAGUGCUUGAAGCGCUGCAAACAGGGUCUGCCUGCGUUCAGACAGAGCAUGCCUAGUCGCGACACUAUCGAGGAGUUCGAGAGAAGGGAGCCCUACAGAUAUUUGCAGUACGCCUACUUUAAAUCGGACAACCUGGCCAAGGCGGUGUCGGCCGCCCACACCUUCCUGUUGAAGCACCCCGACGAUGAGAUGAUGCAGAGGAACAUGGCCUACUACAAGAGCCUGCCCGGAGCGGAGGACCACCUCAAAGACCUGGAGACCAAGUCCUAUGAGGCGCUGUUUGUGCGUGCGGUGCGGGCGUACAACGGAGACAACUUCCGCACGUCGGUGUCGGACAUGGAGCUGGCGCUGCGGGACUUCUUCAAGGUCUACGACGAGUGUCUGGCGGCGUCGGAGGGCGCACGCGAGGUCAAGGACUUCAAGGACUUCUACCCCUCCAUCGCUGAUCACUACACAGAAGUCCUGGAGCGCAAGGUCAUCUGUGAGAGCGAGCUCACGCCGGUGGUGGGCGGCUUCGUGGUGGAGAAGUUUGUUGCAACUAUGUUCCAUUACCUGCAGUUUGCUUAUUAUAAACUGAACGACAUGAAGAACGCAGCCCCGUGCGUGGCCAGCUACAUGCUGUUUGACCCCAACGACGAGGUCAUGAAGAACAACGUGGCCUACUACAAGUUCCACAAGGACAAGUGGGGACUCACAGACGAGGACUUCCUCCCAAGAGCGGAGGCCCUGCGUUACUUCAACCAGACCACCAUGCAGCUCCAGAUGCUAGAGUUCUCCAGGCUUCACCUGAAGAGCGACGAUGAGGGGGAGGUUAUGGAAUUUAUAGAUGAGUUCCUAGACGAGGAAUAACCAGCACUAGUUGAACACUGAGAACAAACAGAGAAGAGGAACAUACCAAGACCAACAGUAACAACUUUUCCGCUCCCCGGGUCCUAUUGUCGCUGGUAUUUAUUGGAUGGCUUGGGAGGGAACCUGGUUGGACAAUACAGACAUUUCUUUGGGUGGGGGGGGACAUAAUAUUUAUACAUUCUAAUGUUGUGCACUAAGUAAGCAUUACAGUGAUGUUUGCCUGUAGUACCAAUGAUGAUGAUGACGAUGAUGGUGAUGGUGAUGAUGAUGAUGAUGAUGAUGAUGAUGAUGACUAUGAUAAUAAUAAGGAUGAUGAUGUUUUCCCUAUCUGUUCUGUUUUGUAGCCCACUGUGAAAGCUAUAUGUAUUAUUUUGUUUACAAAUUUGUCAGUUGUCCUAAGAAAUAUGACUCAUCCAGGCAUUUUUAAAAUAAAAUCAGGUUUCGAAAACAAA